AGGGAGGGGAGAGGUCUGCCACAGACGCACAUGGGGGCUGCUCUGUGAGCGUUUGCUGCGCUCCUUUCCCCAUAUUCUGCCCGCACGCCACAGCAGAAAUAUUCCGGGGGGCGGGGAGACUUGGCAGGCGGCCUGUUCCCACACCGGCUCGCUCGCUCCCACUGUGCCGGGGCACUUAGCACCUUGUUGGGGGGUGGCGAGAGAGGCUGCCCGAAAGAGCUCGGCCUGUCUCCGAACUACGUUUCCCGGCAGGCAGUGAGGAAAAGGCCAGAAGGGGCGGGCGAGGGUACAAAGCGAGCCAGCGGUACCUGUUCGCACAGGUAAGAGAACGGGGUGAGUAACAGGUGAGUAAACCGCUGCGCGUAGCAGGUGGCUGGGGCGCUUCUGGCUGCGGGCGGCUCAACGCCCCCGUAGCUCCCAGCCCCGCUUGGUCCCGGUGGAGAAGGCAGAGCGGGUCGCCGGCCGGCCGGCGCUAACGUCAACGCCGGGUAGGAGAAGUUGUGGAAGAAAACAAGCUAAGAUGGACUCGGUGCCGUGGGGGAAAAGGGCGCGGGGAAGACACGUGGCUUCGGCACACUCUGAUGUGGAGGUGAAGCUGCGCUUUCCGGAACUGGGGUGGGGUGGGGUGGGGUUUUUCUGUCUUUCUGGGUGUUUAAGCCACUUCGCCACGCCAGGCGCGUGGUUUUUUUCCCGCCUGCCUACGAGGGCAGGCCGCAGCUCUCAUUAAACUCCCCCCCCCCCUCCCCCCCGAAGCGACUCCCGAGGGAGGAGGCAGAAGCCUUUGGCGGGAAGGGGAAGGAAAGGCGGCUCCUUGCUCGGCGGGAGAGGCGUGUCCCUCGCGUGCCAGCGGCUCUGGAGCAGCCCGCGGGCUCUGCGCUUUAUAUGGCCUGUGGGGGAAGCCGCACGCCGCAGUUCUCGCCCCACGGGCAACACGGGCGGCUAUGCCCUGGGGCGCUCAGGGCUCUGAAGGCCCUCUCUGUGCUCCCUCCCAGGGGGGUCAGGCUGAGCUGAGGGGGGGAGGAGGAGGAUGAUGUCCUUCUCCAGCUCCGAGUCGGAGGAAGCCUUCGACUACUUGUUCAAGAUCAUCCUGAUCGGAGACUCCAACGUGGGGAAGACCUGCGUGGUGCACCGCUUCAAGUCGGGGCAGUACCACGAGAAGCAGCAGAACACCAUCGGGGUGGACUUCACCGUGCGCUCGCUGGAGAUCGAUGGCAAGAAGGUGAAGAUUCAGGUAUGGGACACUGCAGGCCAGGAGCGCUUCCGGACGAUAACUCAGAGUUACUAUCGCAGUGCCCAUGGUGCCAUCCUUGCCUAUGACCUUACCAAGAGGUCCACAUUUGAAUCUAUUCCUCAUUGGAUUCAUGAAAUUGAAAAAUAUGGAGCUGCUAACUUAGUCCUGAUGUUAAUUGGGAACAAAUCGGAUGUAGCAGAGAACCGCCAAGUCCUUUUUGAAGAUGCCUGUACACUGGCAGAGAAGCAUGGGCUAUUGGCUGUGUUGGAGACUUCAGCCAAAGAGGCCCAGAAUGUAGAUGAGGUAUUUACAUUGAUGGCAAAGGAGCUGAUAGCCCGCAACACCUUGCAGCUUCAUGGGGAGCAUCCUCCAAACAGCAUCUAUCUGGAUUCCAGGCCGGUGAUUGAUAGUCCAAGAACAGAGAAGUCCCAGUGCUCUUGCUGAUGAGAUGUCUCAAUCAUAAAAGCUGUGAAGGUGUGGCUGAUGAUUCCAUAUGUUUCCUGUUUGGCCUCAAACCAUCAUUAUAAUGUAUCACUACCUUGCCGUUUUGGCCUGUAACACUCUCCAGGAGAUAGGUGUUGCAAUAGUCAAAUGUGCUGGAUUGCCUUGAACAUGGCAGCUGUUGGUACUUAAGCAAAGACUAGGUGCUGCUAGCCUGAAGAGAACUGUGAAACUGCCUUUGAAUAGACUCUCUGAAUAGUCUUCUGGCUGUGCCAGAGGCUGACUGUAACCAGGUUUUGUGCUGUUUCCUUUAGGAUACACAUCCUGCUGUAGAUCAAAUUCUUUGGUCUUCAUAAAUAGCUUUACAAUGUG